UCCGGAAUAUCCGGAAGUCAAGAAAAGCUGUACCUGAAAAUUUGUCAGUGUGUUCAGUUGUGCGAAAAUCUAGCGCAGGUGUGAUGAUGUAGUGUCCGACCAUCUGGUGUACGUGUCGACUAUGUAGUACAUGAGGGACACCUUCCAGCUGUUAUGUCACAGAGUGCUCAGGCGACAUCGAGUACCCCCACCAGACCAAUGGUAAAAGAAUCCAGUAAGGAGGCCAGAAAACAGCUUCCGUCCAUCCCCGAUACACAGACUCAGGCCGCCAUGGCAGCCCGCCCCAAACAGCACGGCUCCAUUGUCAAGGCAAACACCAACAGCUAUGGACCAUUCAUGCUGGAGUACUCCCUUAUGGCAGAAUAUAAGUUGCUGAUGCAGCAGAAAACGCCAGGCUGUUAUGUGAUUCCCUCAGCAAUGUCUUCCCUUGUGUGGUACGGAGUACUGUUUAUAAGACAAGGGCUGUACCAGGAGGGAGCCUUCAAGUUCACCGUUAUUAUUCCAGACAACUUCCCUAAUGGGGACUGUCCUAGUCUAGUCUUUGACCUACCGGUCUUUCAUCCUCUAGUUGACCCCUUAACUGGACAACUAGAUGUCAAGCGUGCAUUCCAGAAAUGGAGGAGGAACGUAAACCAUAUAUGGCAGGUUCUGUUGUAUGCUCGACGAGUCUUCUACAAAAUUGACAGCAAGUCUCCACUCAACAAAGAGGCCGCUGAGCUAUAUGAAUCAGAUCUGGAGUCUUUCAAAAUACAAGUUGCUGAGUCGGUGCAGAAAAGUAAGGAGCGACUGCAGGAUCCAGUGAAGUCCGACGAUCCUCAUUGCCUUAGGUUUAGCCCAUGGGAUCCCUCUGUUCAUGAGGAAACACGACAACAAAUGCUGAAGAUGAAGGUAAUAGGGUCAGAUGUAAUAAUUGAAGACAAAAAAUCUUCUAUAGAUGCUGUUGACUUACAAGAAAACGAAAGUGAUAACACACCCAGAAACGGAGCCCCUCCACCCGGUCUCUCCAGUAAAGGUCUCUCGUGGAUGAAGCCAGGAAGUGUGCAGAUAUUCUCACGUGAUGAUCCAGCAUUGGCAUAGCGAGACUUCUCUCGCUGGGACGAGUGUAUAUAGGGGUCAGAUAGUAAGAUGAACAAUAUCUGAUACUGUCAAUCAAACUGCGAUUCUCCUGGACGGGAAAAGUUUACGUAAAAACAUUGAGGUUUAGGCUGUGAUUGAAUAAGAAACGUUUAUAUUUUGUCUUUUCAAUGAAUCUUGCCCACAUGAUGGUGAUUGUGAAAGAAAAACACUUAUGAUACUCUGAGCUUGGAUGGACGAGCAUUAUAAUAUGCUAGUCUGCUCUGGACAACAAGGAGAUGCCGGAGGCAGAGAUCUAAUUAUACUAAGGAAGAGGAUCCGGAGUGCAUAUAGGAAACUUCUGUCUAUAAUUUCUUGUAUUUUUUUUUUUUUUUCAUUUCAAGGCUUUUUCUGGGGGCUUUUAAAGCCAAACUCCCAAAAUUUGCUGUUUACUCCUGAAAUUUGUCCUUAUCAAUUCACCAAUUCUUUUCCCAAAAUGAGACAAAAAGGCCCCGUCCCAAACCAGUGGAAAAAAUCCAUGCAUUUACAAACUAUCGCUUUGAUGCAAAAUUUUACAAUGCUUUAUGGAAUUUGAAGCUGUUUAAAUGUUUAUAUGCAAGGCAUUUUAAUUUCUGUACAUCUUUGGUAUUUCCUGUUCCAAUGCAAACCUGAAAACUGUGAAAAUGAAUUCACAGCAAAAAAAAAAAUGAUAGUUGAUGGAGUGAGACCUUUGCAGGGAAUUAAAUGUACAAGGUUUGUGAAAUAUAAUUUUACAAUUUUACUGGUACUAGAUUGAUUUGUGACACCUGCCAAUAACACAGUAUACAUCUAUUGGCAGUUCAGUCUUUAAGUCCACCUUGUAUCCAUCUUAAGUAUCGGCUGGCGAAUCUUUGUUUUUCUAUUUAUUUGGGGUCAUCUGAGAUGCAGCCUUUAAUAUUGUGAUCACAUUUACAUUACAAACAUUGUCCACCAUUAAUAGUUUACAUUUUCUUUAAAAAAAAAAAAGAAAAAAAAGUUGAUCCGAUUUUAAUGAAAUUUCGAUGGUACACAUGUAUUGACCCUAGCUGACUGGCCUUAAGGGUCAGAUGUCCAGACGGGGACAAAAUGGGGCAAAAGGAUUGAAAUCUUGAAACAUUUUCUUGUUCAUACCCCCAGAGUUGUGAAUUUCAUUACCUCAGUGCUUCACAUUCGCUGCUGAGGAUGAGAUGAAGUUUAUAAUAGUUUAAAAUGAUAUUCUUAUACAUUAAGAUGAUAACAUAUCUAUAUAAUCUGAUUAUUUUCAAUUUAGACUUGACCGAAAUUAUUAUCCUGAGAUGUCAUAUUGAUGAUGUGAAAGAUUUUACCAGUCCCACCCCAUGGGGCUGAAAGGUGGAGCCCAAAAGGUCAAAUUGGUAUAAAUUUCAGCAAGUCAUCUUUUUCAGGGUAUGUAACGCUGGAGCUAAUUUUUGCGAUAUUUUGUUAAUUUUUGAUUGGAAGCAAUUCAAACUUGACUUUAAUUUUAAUAAACCAUAUAAGCUAGCAGUUUGGUACUAUGAAAAUGAUGAGUUUGGCUGACCCCUGGGGACUCAAGGUUUUGGCCAAAUCAGGUCAAAUGGGGUUUAAGACGUAUUGGCAACGAAAACUUUAUGAUGUUGGAAGGGUCUUCUGGUGUAUCUUCAAAUUUGCAAACUUCUCUCUUUUUUUUUUCUUCAAUAUUUUUGUGAAAAAAAAAUAUUUAUCAAUUAAUUUGAAAAAAAUAUGUCUUUCAGCAAAUUUAGUGCUAAGUAAAAUGUUCUUGAGCUAAGAGAGCCUGAACAUCUUUAGGUUUUCACAUACAAGAAUUUAGUACUUUAUUUAUUUUUUUUAAUUUGCACAUGAAAAAUAAAUCAGUUCAUCUAUGGAGCAUUUUCCGCCAUUAAGAACAGAGUUUAUCAGCUACAUCAUACAUAUGUACAUCGUCAGAUGCCCAACGGUUGAUUUCACUACUGUACGCUACACUUAUCAUUGUGUUAAGUGUAGCGUAGCCUAGUGUAAUUAACCGUGUGGGUAUCCAGCGAUGUACAUAUGUAUGUGCUGUUGUAUUAUUUCUCCUACCAAAAACAUACAAUAUUAUGCAAUUAUUUUUGGUAGUUGUGACUAUUUUCUGGCAGAAUGAACAUAUUUUCCGGAGAAUUCUCGUGUUUACAAGAUAGAUAUACAUUUCACUUAUACCUGGAAUACUGGUGACAGCGGAGUAAAUAUACAUGUAUGUCUGGAUAUAUAAUUAUAAUAUAUAUGUAUAAUUAUCAUCAGUUAACGAAUUGUACUUACCAUAUAGCUGUUACUGUGUAUAUGCGUUUCUACAUUAACAGUCAGUGUAUAUGUGUGAAGAUUUUGAAAAAGUGCUGUAUUUUUUCACUACGGUAAAAAAUUAUUUGUCUCAUCAUAUACCUUGCCCAUCCCAUCAACAUGUCUUACAUAAGAGAACUGUUUAAAUAUGCAAAUUACAUUAGAGGAACUAUUUAUGCAAAUUACAUCAGAGGAAUUAUUUGAAUAUGCAAAUUGCAUAUUAAGAUGAACUGUAUGCUUGAUAAUAUAAGAAUUACCACUGAGUUUCAUUUUAAUAAUGAAAACUGAAAAAAUGUAAGCAACUACAGUUGGUUUGAUUCAAAUUUGUGUCAAUUCAUUUUUUUUUUAUUAAUCUAACAAAUUCCUGUAAACAUACAGACAACACAAUCAGAGAACAAUUUAUGUUAUCCUUAACUGCUUGUAAUUUCAGUUGUUUUGCGCUUAUUCAAAUGAAUUAGAGUCAAAUUUGUGAAAUGUCAUUUACAUAUUAUUUACAUUAAAAUAAGCCAGAUCCUCUUUUGUAAUUUUCAUUUAUUCAUAUCGUACCUACUUAAUUCUACAUGUUCUGUGGCAAUGAGUAUGACUAAUAUUCCUCUACCAUAUCAGAUUGUGUCAACUCAGCAAGUUUAUUGUAUUUAUCAUUUUUUCAAUUUUGUGACUAGGAUUCCUAUGUUUGAUAUGGUGUUUUUAAGAUAAGGAGCAUGUUUUGUGUGUGUGGUCAUUUCCUGUAUGCGUGAUAUCAAGUUUAAUUUCAUAAACAGUGCUGAGAACAUUUGUAGUACCGGUAUAUGUGGUGAAGGAGUGACCUGUGUUUUUGUUGUGUUAUAGAAACAUUGAAAUUCACAAAACAUAUUCUAUCAAAUUGUAUUAAGAAAUACACAUAAUUAUGUGACAAGGCAAUAUGAAAAGUCUUAUGGGUGUCUUAACUAAUCAAGAAAAAAUGUAUAAUCAAAAUGAUUUUAUGUCCAAAACUCUUUAAUAAGUUACAUAAAGAGGAUUCCUGUUAAUGUCAUGAUGUUUAUUGUCACAUUCCUGUUAAUAGGUUAGGCAGACUUUCUUCUGGUCCAAACACAAACCUUUUGACAGAUAUACCACUCGGAUGCCUGUCAUUCAAAUAUGUCUUGGGUCACAGGAAAAUCUGUCAAAUGUCUCACUUAACACUCUCUCCAUAAUACACAUACUUUACAUGUUUAUAGUUGCCUGUCGUACAAUUAAAAGUUACCUAUACUGGUGUAAAUUUCUGGAAACAAUGGUAAUUGUUUUCCAAUGUGUUUCCACUGACCAAACUUUUAUGUUGGUCCAAAGUAAUUAUAUAUAGUAUUAUACCUCAGCAUACUUCUCUCCCUGCUUUCUUGAAUUGGCUUCACUUCCAAUAAAGUCACUGCCAAAUAAGGUGUUAAGACAGCUACUGUAGAGCUAUUUUUAGGCGAGUAUUUUCCUGGUCAAAUUGGACACUUAGACUGGCCAAGAAAACAACCAAAUGACACAUUACAUACGAUAUACUUAGUGUGGUACCAGACAUUCACAGACAAAUAACAUGCUAUCAUACUUACUCAGGUGAGACCUACCACCUGUGCCAGGAUUUCCAUUGUAAAUCUAACACAAUUGUUAUUGGUAUGUUAUAAAUGCAAUUUCUAUGUAUGUGUACCAUUUUUUUUUUUUUUUUUUGUCGUUUUGGUGUUGUUUACAUUUGCAUGUUUGUGUUGUGUUGAGGAGAACUUGAUGUCUUGGGAUUGGCAGGGUUCUGUGAAACAGGACCUAUAAUUGUCUAAACUGUUGCCAGAAUUUUGCCGGUUUUUGAGGGCAACCUUUUGGUUUUCUUCUUCUUAUUGUGAUAAUGAUACACUAAAAGCUGUUAAAUUAAGUCUGGUUACACAGGUUUUAAGGUAGGAACAGUCUUCAUGUUGCUGAAUUGAAUUUGUCAGUAUAUUGAUGAAUUGAAUUUGUCAGUAUUUUUGAUUAAUUGAAUUUGUCAGUAUAUUGAUGAAUUGAAUUUGUCAGUAUAUUGAUGAAUUGAAUUUUUUUGAGUAUUAUUGAUAAAUUGAAUUUGUCAGUAUUAUUGAUGAAUUGAAUUUGUCAGUUUUAUUGAUGAAUUGAAUUUGUCAGUAUAUUGAUGAAUUGAAUUUGCCAGUGUUAUUGAUGAAUUGAAUUUGUCAGAAUUAUUGAUGAAUUAAAUUUGUCAGUAUUACUGAUGAAUUGAAUUUGUCAGUUUUAUUAAUGAAUUGAAUUUGUCAGUAUUAUUGCAGAAUUGAAUUUGUCAGGAUCAUUGCUGAUGAUAGAAAAUUGAAUGCAAACUCAUGUACUAUUUUAGCUUUUAUUUAUAUGUCAAUUUAAAUGGAUUGUGACUAUUGAAUAUUUAAUUAUAAAGUAUACUGGCCAUACCAGUGGUUGUUGGGAUUCCAAUAAUAUGUAAUACAUGUACAUCUAUAUAUGACAAAAUAUGUUUAAAAGCAUGUAUGUAACACACGGAUAAAAAUGUCAGGAAGAUACUUUGAAUGUGAUUAAAAAAAUUCUUCCAAGUUCA